AUGGCCGACACCACGUGGAUGCUGACCCUCCCCUUCCUCAUUCACUACCACUUUGCCAGGCUACAAUGGGUUUUCGGCAGUGUCAUUUGCAAGAUCGUGAGGUGCAUGUACCAUGCUUGCUUCUACUCCAGCAUCUACUUUGUGACUUGCAUCAGCCUGGACCGCUACCUAGCCAUAGUCCAUCCUUUGCAAUCAUUCUUCUUGCUGAACAUGCGGCAGUCCUUGUACGUGUGUGUGGGGAUCUGGGUGCUGGCCAUGGUAGUCAGUGUCCCCUCCGCCCUCAUGACUUUAAUCAUCCCUUGCUCAGGCAACCAAUCUGUUUGCACCCUCUACAUCUUCUCCUACGACCCUGGCAAGUCAUUGCCCUACUCAGCAAUUAGCACAGUGACUGGCUUCCUCCUGCCCUUCAUGGCCAUCUGCUACUGCUACUGGAACUGCACCAAAGAGCUCAAAAAGCAUAACUUGCAAUGUACCCAAAAAAAGAAGAAGCUCUUCCGGCUGAUGUAUUCCGUCCUGAUCAUUUUUAGUCUCAUGUACCUGCCCUACCACCUCAUGAGGAAUAUCUGCAUCACCAUGAGAGCCAUCCGGAGUAAUCAGACCUGGCUGAUUUACAGCUCAGAUGCAGGCUUCUCAGUCGAGAUGGCCAUCUGCAGCUUAAACACCUGCGUCAAUCCUUUCUUUUAUUUUGUAACAAAUGGCAACGCCAAGAAUUCUCUAAGAAAAACUCUUUCCAUUUGUUGCGGGGAAACCAAACGACAGGUUAGGCUCAAAGUGGCUCCAAUCCACCCAGUCUAG